CCUGCAGCCUCUGCCUGCGCACGAUGAGAUGGUGGGCACGUUGGAAUCGCCCGUCCUGUGUGUAGAAACAUCCUGGUCUGCAGCUUUUUCCCUCCAGGGUUCACAACGUCCCCAUGCCCCGAACCACAGUCAGGGAUGGCCUAUGUCUCCUGUCCGCCUACUUGGAAGAACUGGAGGCUGUGGAGCUGAAGAAAUUCAAGUUAUACCUGGGGCCAGCGACAGAGACGAGGAAGGGCAGGAUUCCCUGGGGGCGUAUGGAGACGGCUGGUCCCCUGGAAAUGGCCCAGCUGCUGGUGGCCCACUGUGGGGCAAGGGAGGCCUGGCUGCUGGCUCUUAGCAUCUUUGAUCGGAUCAACAGGAAGGACCUGUGGGAGAGAGGACAGAGAGAGGAUCUGGCCAGGGGUACUCCACGAGGUGACCCAUGUUCCCUGGGGAGCCAGUUGGCAUGUUCCCUGGAAGUCUUUCCUGGAGCUCCAAGAAAAGAUCCCCAGGAAACCUACAAAGACUAUGUCCGCAGAAAGUUCCGGCUGAUGGAGGACCGCAAUGCGCGCCUAGGGGAAUGCGUCAACCUCAGCCACCGGUACACCCGGCUCCUCCUGGUGAAGGAACACUCAAAUCCCAUGUGGGCCCAACAGAAGCUUUUGGACAUGGGCCAGGUACACGCGAGAACUGUAGACCACCAGGCCAGCUUCAUUCAGAUGGAGACCCUCUUCGAGCCAGAUGAAGAGCGGCCCGAGCCUCCACGCACAGUGGUCCUGCAGGGAGCAGCAGGUAUGGGCAAAUCCAUGCUGGCCCACAAGGUGAUGCUGGACUGGGCCGACGGGAGGCUCUUCCAAGACAGGUUUGAUUAUCUCUUCUACAUCAACUGCAGGGAGAUGAACCAGAGCGCAUCUGAGCGGAGCGCUCAAGACCUCAUCUCCAGCUGCUGGCCUGAGCCCAGCGUGCCGCUCCAGGAGCUUGUCCGAGUUCCUGAGCGCCUCCUUUUAAUCAUCGACGGCUUUGACGAGCUCAAAACCUCUUUCCACGACCCUCAGGGCCCUUGGUGCCUCUGCUGGGAGGAGAAACGACCCACGGAGCUUCUUCUUAGCAGCCUGAUUCGGAAGAAGCUGCUGCCUGAGCUGUCCCUGCUCAUCACUACCAGGCCCAGGGCAUUGGAGAAGCUGCAUCGCUUGCUGGAGCAUCCCAGGCACGUGGAGAUCCUGGGCUUCUCUGAAGCAGAAAGGAAGGAGUACUUCUACAAGUAUUUCCACAACGUGGAGCAAGCUGGCCACGUCUUCAACUUCGUGAGGGACAAUGAGCCCCUUUUCACUCUGUGCUUUGUCCCCUUGGUGUGCUGGGUCGUCUGCACCUGCCUCAAGCAGCAGCUGGAGGAUGGGGGCCUUUUAAGACAGACGUCCAGGACCACGACAGCAGUGUACAUGCUCUACCUCCUGAGUCUGAUGCAACCCAAACCAGGGUCCCCAACCCUCCAGCCCCCGCCCAACCAGAGAGGGCUGUGCUCUUUGGCAGCAGAUGGCCUCUGGAAUCAGAAAAUCCUCUUUGAGGAGCAGGACCUCCGGAAGCAUGGCCUGGAUGGGGCAGAUGUCUCCUCCUUCCUCAACAUGAACAUCUUCCAGAAGGACAUCAACUGUGAAAAGUUCUACAGCUUCAUCCACCUGAGUUUCCAGGAAUUCUUUGCGGCCAUGUACUACAUCCUGGAUGGUGGGGAGAGUUCAUCCAGCCCCGACCAGAGCCUGAUGAGGCUGUUGACUGAGUAUGGGUUUUCAGAAAGGAGCUUCUUGGCACUCACGGUCCGUUUCCUGUUUGGACUCCUCAAUGAGGACACAACAAGCUACCUGGAGAAGCGGCUUUGCUGGAGGGUCUCACCUCACAUCAAGGUGGAACUGUUGGACUGGAUCCAAAGCAAAGCUCAGAGUGAGGGCUCUACCCUGCAACGGGGUGCCUUAGAGUUCCUCAGCUGUCUGUACGAGAUCCAGGAUCAACAUUUCAUCCAGCAGGCCCUGAGCCACUUCCAAGUGGUGGUGGUCAGCAACAUCGUCACCACGAUGGAGCACAUGGUCUCUUCCUUCUGUGUAAAGAACUGCAGGAGCCUCCUGGUGCUGCACUUGAGUGGGGCUGCCUACAGCGCGGACAAGGAACAUGGGGAGAGAUGGACUUCAGGGCCCAGGACGCUACUGACACACUCGCCCGAGAGGAGUGUUUUGCCAGAUGCCUACAGCCAACAGCUUGCCACGGCCCUGAGCACCAAUCCGAAUCUGACAGAGCUGGCUUUGUACCGCAAUGCCCUGGGAAACCGGGGGGUGAAGCUCCUGUGUCAAGGACUCAGACACCCCAACUGCAAACUUCAGAACCUGAGGCUGAAGAGGUGCCUGGUUUCCAGCUCUGCAUGCCAGGACCUCACGGCAGCUCUGAUGGCCAAUAAGAAUUUAAUGAGGAUGGACCUAAGCAGCAAUGACCUCGGGCUGCCAGGCAUGCAGCUGCUUUGUGAGGGGCUCCGGCACCCCAAAUGCAGGCUGCAGAUGGUCCAGUUGAGGAAGUGUCAGCUGGAGGCUGGAGCUUGCCAGGAGAUGGCCUCGGUGCUCAGCACCAACAGACACCUGUUGGAGCUGGAUCUGACAGGCAACGCGCUGGAGGACUUGGGUCUGCGGCUGUUGUGUGAUGGCUUGAGACACCCAGUCUGCAGGCUGCAGAUCUUGUGGUUGAAGAUUUGCCACCUCACAGCUACUGCCUGUGAAGACCUGGCCUCCACCCUCUGUGUGAACCAGAGCCUGAUGGAACUGGACCUAAGCUUGAAUGACCUGGGGGACCCUGGGGUGCUGCUGCUGUGUGAGGGCCUCAGGCAUCCCCAGUGCAAACUCCAGACCCUCCGGUUGGGCAUUUGCCGGCUCAGCUCCAAAGCCUGUGAGGGUCUGUCCACUGUUCUGCAGCUCAACCGUCACCUCCGGGAGCUGGACCUGAGUUUCAAUGACCUGGGAGACCGGGGCAUGUGGCUGCUGAGUGAGGGGCUGCGACACCCCACCUGCAGACUCCAGAAACUGUGGCUGGACAGCUGUGGCCUCACUGCCAGAGCUUGUGAGGAUCUUUCUUCUACCCUGGGGGUCAACCAGACACUGACAGAGCUCUAUCUGACCAACAAUGCCCUGGGCAACACCGGCGUCAGGCUGCUGUGCAAGCCGCUGAGUCACCCUGGCUGCAAACUUCGGGUCCUCUGGUUAUUUGGAAUGGACCUGAAUAAAGUGACCCACAGAAGACUGGCAGCACUCCGCAUAACAAAACCGUACCUGGACAUUGGCUGCUGACUGGUUCUGUCUGCUGCUUCUUCUCUGGAAGUCUGGACAGAGGAAGAACAUCCCAGGACCCACUAAUCAACAUGAUCAGGCUCUGUAUUUCCUGAAGAGACAUACUCAUAGGCAGAAGUCCUUUUUGCUUGGGGUCUAUAUAAUCCAUGUGUGAUGGAGCUUGGAGCUCUAGUUUUGGGAAGGUUGGUGCCAUGGAGAUAAUUUAGGACAGGGCCAGAUUCUAGAGCAGAGGUUCUCAGCCAGGGGACACGGACAAUGUCAGGAGACAUUGGAGUAGGGCGACGCUAGGGAAGCCAGGGAUCCUGCUAAACCUCCCACCAUGCACAAGAGCCCCCAACAAAUCAUUUAACUGAAAAUGUCAAUAGUGGCAAAGUUGAGAAACCUUAUUCUCAAAUAAUGGUGCAGUAAGUGGACUAGAAACCUUGGAAGGCUGGUGAGGCCAACAGCCCCAACAACCCUUGCAAUCUGGUUUGACACCAUGAUUCUGCCCCGCCUGGAGCUCAUCAAACCGUGACUGGACACCUGCCACAAUUAGGCUGGCCAGUAACCUACACCAGUCUUGGGAUGAAAACAGCAAGGAAACCAACCAGUUUCACUACUGAGGGCUUGAACUAGGGAACUUAAGACUCAGCCAACGGACUGUUGGAAAGCCUUGAGUGGCGUCAUGCUGAACCCAUUAACUAAAGGCAUCUGGAGAGACCAGAAAUUACUAGGAAGCAGGGAGACUUGUAGAGGAUAGGUGAUUUAGUGACCCUGAAACCUAUGCAAGGUUGGAAAAGGAAGUAACAAGAUUCUGUAGUCAUCAUGCCUGUAGACAUACAGUCCAUAACUAUUGAAAAACUUCCUUGAAAUAAAGUGUUACUCAACUUUUUGCUUACUGGGUCUCCAAACCUUUAACAGCUUCUUCUGAAACACCCUUCUCAUUCAGCUGACUAAACAAGAAACCUCAUUUGUUACCCAACCUCUAGGCUGCCUUGUAAAGAUCAGGGCCAAUAAACUGAACUUUUUAGGAGUAUCGAUGGUGGGAGUUGAGUCUUUAGCAGGAAAAAGCUGCUUGAACUUCAGUUACCUGAAGGCCCAAUAGCUGCUGUGGUUUGGGGAGACCCACCAGGCCCAAUGAAUGGGAGUCAUGUUCUCUCCCAGCCCAGGAA